GGCCUGGGAGCCCGCGGAACCCUGCGCGGCGAGCGGAGCGCCUGGGUGACGGCAGCAGUGGGGCGCGCGAUGGCUCCGGCCGGGGACCGUGAGGGCUACUGGGGCCCCACGACCUCCACGCUGGACUGGUGCGAGGAGAACUACGCGGUGACCUGGUACAUCGCCGAGUUCUGGAAUACAGUGAGUAACCUGAUUAUGAUUAUACCUCCAAUUUUUGGUGCAAUUCAAAGCGUUAGAGAUGGACUGGAAAAGCGGUACAUUGCUUCUUAUUUAGCACUCACAGUGGUAGGAAUGGGAUCCUGGUGCUUCCACAUGACUCUGAAAUAUGAAAUGCAGCUUUUGGAUGAACUCCCAAUGAUUUAUAGCUGUUGUAUAUUUGUGUACUGCAUGUUUGAAUGUUUCAAGAUCAAGAACACAGUAAACUACCACCUGCUUUUUACCUUAGUUCUAUUCAGUUUAAUAGUAACCACAGUUUACCUUAAGGUAAAGGAGCCUGUAUUCCAUCAGGUCAUGUAUGGAAUGUUGGUCUUCACAUUAGUACUUCGAUCUAUUUAUAUUGUUACAUGGGUUUAUCCAUGGCUUAGAGGACUGGGUUAUACAUCCUUGGGUAUAUUUUUAUUGGGAUUUUUAUUAUGGAACGUAGAUAACAUCUUUUGUGAUUCACUGAGGAACUUUAGAAAGAAGGUACCACCUAUCAUAGCUGUUACCACACAGUUUCAUGCAUGGUGGCAUAUUUUAACUGGCCUUGGUUCUUAUCUUCACAUCCUUUUCAGUAUAUAUACAAGAACACUUUACCUGAGAUGCAGGCCAAAAGUGAAGUUUCUCUUCGGAAUCUGGCCAGUGAUCCUGUUGGAACCUCUCAGGAAGCACAGAUAAAUUAUUCCACUAAGAAAACAAAAAAACACCUGCCGUAGGCCUGGCCAAAGGAAUAAGGAGAUCCUUAAAGAUCUACAUGCUCAAAUUUAUCAUGACCAUUGCAGCUAAGGAGUGACUCUGACUAACGCUGUCAGCCCCACGGAGAGUGAGGGAUGGCGCUUGUUGGAUGUUUAGCUUGUGUCAUUGUCUCCUUCGUCCUCCUCACCCCCACCCUCACCCUAAGAUGUUUAAAAAGAAACAGACAUUGUAUGUCUAUAUAUACUUGAAUGCUAGAAAAAUUGGGCUUUUCUUAACAGGUUAACAGUUUGUGCUGAUAAUAGGAAACUUACCAUUUCCUCUUUUUUUGACAACAGUUGCAUGUGAAUUAUACUUUCUUAAUAUUUGGUUUUAAAUAAUGAAAUCAGCUAUAUUGGCAAAACCCCAUAUCCAGAAGGCCAGCUAUGAGCUAGCACUUAGCUGUGUCAGCCUUGAUUUGUAUUUUUGUCCAAGUAAGUAACCUCAUGACAGUUGGUUUUCCAAAGUUUUUUUGUUUUGUUUUGUUUAAAGAGCGAUCAGUGGGAUUUGGUAGUUUUUCAUUGUCUGCCUCUGUGCUAAUCCGAGUGUGUCAUAAGCGAGCUCAAAUCUGCCACUGGGUUGUCACAUCCCAGCUCUGGCUUGUCUGUGUGUGGCCACAUCACAGCCAAUCAGAGUGGAGGGGUCAUCUUGCAACCUUUAUAGAGGCUAUGAGAACACCUGUGUAGAAUGUUGUCUCUCCAGACACUUAAAGGUGGUUGUUCUGUUUCCUUCAAUCUUUGCAGAUCUUUACAUUGUACUAUAUUUAUGGCGAGGCAAACAUGAUUGGUGGUCUGGUCUGCCCAUAUUCCAGCCUGGCAUAACUUAUUUGAAGUUACCAAUGAAUGUCUUUAUACUCUGACUUUUUAAAUUAUGCAAUACUUUCCAGUUUUCAGAGAAAAUAUGUUGGGUUAUCUAGAGCUAAAUGAUCAGGAUCCUAUUUACAUAAAGCUUUUUAUUUAGAAUACCUGCUCCUUCAUUUUUUGAAGGAAAUAGAUUUAAGGGUUGGGAACAGCUCUAACUUACUUGAACUUGUAACAGAGCUCCCGAAAGUUAAAGUGCUGAAAACGGCAGUGAAAUCUCACUGUAAGGCAGCUAGCGCUAAUUUGGAUUUGAAUGUAUAACAAACUGUGUCAAUUUUCACGAACACAAUACCUGCCCGGGUUUAAAAACCUGGUUUGACCCCUUUGCUCAUGUAUCACCGUAUUUGUAGCUGUAUGCCAUUAGCAAUUUUAUGACUCUUCUUGCUUAUACAUUAUUAUAAGAUGCAGAUUGUUGUUAUGAGCUUCAAAUGGAGGCUCAUUUUUUUCUUAUGCAAAGGUAUGAAAUACGUCUGUCACCCCUCCAGCAUUCAGCAAGUAGCCUUAGUACAGUUUUAAAACCAGUACAAAUUUUGUUUUUUUCACCUACUUGCCUUAGUUUUAGUCCAAAUAGUAUUUUCCUUACCUUAGCAUGCUAACAUGCCAUUAGACAGAUACUUCCCCCUACUUCUAUGAUCCUCCAGAGAGAAAAGCACUUGCCAAAACAUAAAUGUAAAAGAACUGUGGUCGUGCCUUAGGAAAACAUGAAACUAAACAGUUCCAACACAGCCCACAAGACUGUUCUUUCUUUUACCACGAGAUUCUGACUCCUGGCUACAUUUCAUAUGCAGCUACCUAGGUUAUCAGCCAUUUUACAUUUUUACACCAUUUGUUUCGCACCAUUGUCCUUUGCACUCAAGAUAUACUUCUGCUUAAAGAAUCUAUAUAUAGAAACAGGCACAUCCUUAAUCAUAGUGCUGCUAAACAUUGGGAAACUGAGGUUCUACAGUAGUAGAGUCAGAUUAAGUGUAUAGAGAGCACAUCCUGACAGAGGCUCUUUAGUUUGUUGAAUGAGCAGUUCAGCCACCACUUGUUAAAUAAAGUUGUCUAAGCACCUCACCUGAGCAGUAUGAGUACCACUGGGUGACUUGUACCACUGGCUGGCCAAUUUUUCAAAGACCUUUGUUUCCAUCAUGAAAACAGGAUCAAACAUUUUACAGGUAUUGAGCAAGAAGCAGAGACUAAAUCCAGUCUCUUUCAUUUUCCAAGUUUUUGCCCCAUGUGGCUCUCUUUUUAGCAGCCUAAGUAUUAGCACACUUAAGACUUUGUAUUUGUGCCACAGCAGGUAUUUUGGAAAUACUGCUAAUCUUUAGGAUAUUGCUAAAUCACCUUUAUUUCAAUGGUUUUAUUUUUUUUCUUCUAGGAUUCUGGGUGGGCAUUAUAGGGUUGGAUUACUACCCCUUUCCCUUCCCUUUAUUUUCUUGGAGGACUUCCUGUUAACUAGAGUAUACAAAGAAAAAAACAAAAACAAAACAAUAAACCCUGCUUCCUGCUAAGCAAAUAAUGGUUUGUUUGCAUAUCACCUGAUGUAAAAGAUGCUCAUCUGUGUGCCCUAUAGUAAAUUAUAUUUUAGAAAACAUUAAUACUUUAUGAGGAUGUGAAAGAGGCAAUUUACUUGCACAUUUUAGUGUCCUUCCUGUGUUGCCCUUUUCGCUCCAGAAAAUUUAAAGCAGUUAGACUUUUUUUUUUAAAGGAAAAACUAGGUGAAAGGUGGUUGUGUUAGUCAGAUUGGUCAUUCUACCCACUCCUCCCCACCUUGGUACAUUCACGAACAUUGCCACCACCUGAAGUGAUCUCUUUGAUCCUUGUGAUAUUAUAUAAAUCGAUCAUCAACAGGAGAAACAUUCAUUUUUGAAUAAUCUACAAAUGAGAAACCCAAACAGUAGUAUGUGGUUUAGCAGAAUUCGAUCAAAUAUUAUGGUUUAACCUUAUUGCAAAAUUUCCAGGACUGUUAAUCUGGGCUUUCCUUCCACUAAGAGGAUUUUUCUUAUACUUUAGAGGAGGGCUGAGUCAAAGAAAAUCAAAAGACCAAAAAUUUCCGGUACACAAAGCAUGAAAGCCCUCAAAUGCCUGCCAAAACGAAGUUCCAUUUUAAUGCAAACACCUUCCGAAUUUAGCCAAUGUCCCUAAAAAUGUUUAAUACACUACUUUAUUUUCUUGAGAGUUUUAAGGGUUCCAUAUUAGUUUAUUCUUGAAAACAAUCAUCUUUUGCAGUUUACAGUUUAGCUCUCAAUUCCACAUUUACAUGACAGAGACAUUCAUUUAACCCUGUGGUUUUGUGAGGUGCUAAUGGAUAAACAUUUGUGUAAAACUGAAAUUUCAAAGAGAAUCAGUUAUCAUUGGAAUUUGCAACUAUAUGGCGAUUUGCAGAUCUACCUUGGUCUACAUUUUACAUCAUAUCAAUGCCAUAGUAUAAUUGGUUUGAUAAUUUGUUUUUUAGUGUCUAGAAUUACAGCUUGUUCACUAUGCUGUAAACAUUUGGAAAUAAUGACUAAAAUUUGGCUGGAAGUGGUCUUUGGAGGAGCUGUAAAACGAAGAAGAAAAACAAUGGUCAUGACCCCUCUGACUGAAAAAAUUCAAUGCUGUUUUUUAAACCGUGGCACUUCCUUUGAGAGUAAGGAGACUUCUUUCUUUAUUGCUGAGGUUUGUGUGAGCCUGCCAGCGGACCUAAUUUCUCGUGUCAGAGAGGGAAACUCUCUCCUCUGUCCUCUUAGAGUCAGUGGUUGGGAGCCUGAGAAUUUUUUUUAUCAGUAGUUGGGGGCCUAACAAGUGACAGGUUAGCAAUGGAAAAGGCAGACUUUUAUUCACACACUUACAUGGGAGUGCAGAGAAAAAUGUGACUCAAGGAGGCAGAAUGGGAGCUUAAUAAGGAAAAGGGCCAGGGACAGAGGGCACUUAUGGGAAAACAAAUGACUUUUAGGAAAGGCCUUAAGGAGAACAGGUGGAGGAGAUGAUAGUUUCGUGACAGCGUCUGUUCAGGUGCAGUACGAAACUCCCAGGAAAAGGACUUACGACGGCUGAGUUCUUUUGUGAGUCUCUACUUUUAGGCAGAUAAAGGGACUUCGGGGGUGGGGGCAGAAAGAGGCUUCUUCUUGCAUCUGCUAAUUCCCAGGUGCCUUUAGCUCAAAAUAAUUCUUUUGCCACAGUGGUAUAUUCUGCCCCGCCUUUCUGGCACCUGUCUAAAACCUCCCACAGAGUUUAACCAGAAGCUGAAUUGGUGGCUAUGGAGAGAGGUGUGUUACAAGUUGGGAGGUAAGAGAUCUGUGAAGGAAAAGACAUAGAUUUUCGGAGAAACAAAAGGAAAAACAAAGCUUAAUUGUUACAGUAGAUUAUAAACUCAGUUUUCGAGUCCUGGGGGCAGUCAAAAGGAUCCCUAGAAGUUGGUCUUGAAGUGUCUAUAGGCAGUGGAGUAAGGGCAGACAUAGUCUCAGUCAUGCUUAUUUCCUGAAGCUUAAAGAGCCAUGUUCUUGUGAACUUUCUGAGAGCCAUGAGCUGUCGUAGUGAUAGCCCCUUUAAAGUAUGGCAAGUCAUCCAGCUUCAGCUUGCAUGGCUUCAGGAAAAGGGCAGUUUUAGUUCUCAGUGAUACCAGUCAGGAGUGGGAGAAAAUUGGAAAUGUUCAUCACUGAAAAAAUGCACAAGACAGCAGGAUCCAGCUUACAAACAGGUGAAAGUAUAUCAGAGAGAACGAACAGGACUAGAAUCUAGUUUUCCACUGAAACAAAAUUUCUCUCUAUACUCACCCUCAUUUUCAUCAAAGACAGUUAGGGAAAGACUAUUUUUGUUUGCAAAACAAGUCUAGUCUCAUCACACUUGGCCUAAUUGUUUAAAUGCAACAAAAAUAAUCAUUAAUGACAUAGGCCUUUUAACCUUGUUUUGCUUGGACUUUUAUCAGGAAUCUCAGAUUGGACAUUUUAAAGCCUCAAGCCUCAGAAGCCAAGCCAAGGACUCACCAUCAGGCUUCCCUUGCAGUAUCGGCAGAUGUAGAUGAAUCCCUCCUUCUCAGGGUUCCCAGAACACUCUGAGCUUUUUGGGCCUGCCAGGAAGUGGCCUUCCUCCCCAACCUGUGAGGCCGGGAACCCUGCAAGGGUGCCAGGCUGGUUUUCCAAGAGAGCGUUGUAAGCACUGGCUCCUUCUAAGUCGAACUUACUUCCUUAAAACUAGUCAUAUCUUAUUCUAUGCAUAUCUUCUCAAAUACAACGUUCUAGUCAAAGCCUUCGUAAUAUAACCAGUGCUUCCUGUUGUGUCCUAUUACAAGGAGAAACUCUUUUUGGACACACUCAAAUAACUAUCUUGCCAUAAAAAUAAGAAUAUUCAAAGUUUCCAAAUUUUGGAGGGAUCAGCCAUGGAAGAAAGAUAAAUGUUUUAUUUUUGUUUACAAAGAUGUAAUCUACUAAAUUCUGUACGUUUUGUAGAUAGAUUAAAAGAGUUAACGGGGUUCCUUAAAUCUGGAAAACAGAAAAUUAAAGAACAGCAGUACUAAAUUUAUGGUUAGUAAUUAAUGCUUCAGUCUUUUAUCUUAUUUGGAAGUGACCUAGACCCAGAUGUAGAUACUGCUUCACUUGAAAAUCAAACUGAAGAUAAAACUCUGGCUUCGGACCAUGAACUAUCAUCUUGAGUAAUGAAACCUUGAUUGAUGUCAUUGAGUGAAAAGCGGAAAACAUAAGGGGUAACAAAUUUCAUCAAACAUCAGCCCUUUCCCUAGUAAGCCAUCAGAGCAGCUAAGGAGAGGGCGUCACUAAAGAAUUUAAACAGAAUUAUUAACUGCAGAAUUUCUGCUGUUCAUGCACAUUCAGCCAUUUUGAAGAAGCAGGACUGACCCCCGUUUUAAUACACUUUAAAUAUCUAGUAUCGUUUCACAAGACCUUCAUUUUUCAUUAAAUUCAGCAAGGUACUACCUGUUUUGAUUUGUAGCUAAUGUGGAAAAUGAUCACAGGAAUAUUUCCUACUAGAAAACCCUAAAACCUAACUGAAGAACUUCAAUUACAGGCAUGCAUAUGACUUAAAAUCGCCCCACUCUGCUUAGCUCAGCAGCUGGCAACAUUAUACCACCAACCACACGUCACACUUUGCUCACAGUUCCUUUCGACCCUCAUUAACAAAACCUCCUCCUUGUGUGCUUUAAAGAACACAGUGUUAAUAUUUAAACUAGAUUUAGUCAUUGGUAAUUUGAAUGUUCACCAAAUUGUCAUAAACAUUCUGAAACAUGGCAUUAUGGCAAGUUAGAUCUGCAGAUCAUCACUUUUAAGUCGAGUUUACAGAAGUAACUCUAAGGUUGCAGCAGGGUACAUUCAUUAGGCAAAUCGUAAAAUAUAUAUAUAUAUAUACCCAAAAGAAAAUGACAAAAAUGUUCUGUGAUACCAACUGGCUGUAGACCGCGGAUAGGCAGACUACAGCCCCCAGGCCAGAUCCAGUCUGCAGUAGAAUGGGCUGCAAAGUAAGAAUGAUUUUUACAUUCUAAGUGUUGUUUAAAUGUACAAAAAGAAAAAGACCGGCAAAGCCUCCACGGUUCACUCUGGUUCUGGGAGACCUUCAGCAAGUGAGCUCCAUAGUGGCAAACCAGUAGUACUCCUGACUGCCCUCCGCAAGGUGAUUCAAUGUGUAUUUGUUGGAAUGAAAUAUUUUAUACACUUAAAACCUCUCAUUUCUAUGGUGAAUGUAAUCAUAUGAUUAGUGUUUAAAUAUUUACACUAUAAAAUUAUUUCUUUAUAUCAGUUUUACUAGAUUGGCAGCAGUCUGCUGCGAAGUGCCUAAACCUUUGGAAAAAACUACAUGAUUUUGUUUUUGUUAUAAAGGGAAUUCCAUCCCAUACCGUAAAGUCCAAAAAUGUUAGUAGCAUUCAUCUUUUGAGUUGACUUCCAGAAAGUUGGGCUCUUUAGACCAUUUUUUCUCAUGCCAUUUAAAAUGUGCCAUAUAGUAGUUGCAAAGAAACUAACAAGCUAUACCAUAGUCAUGUGCACUUUUUUUUUCAAAAGGAAAAGUUCAACGUUUUUUCCUUUUCAAGGUAGUCCGAGUUUCUUUUUGGCUCUUUGUAGAGCUAAAAUGUUUAAUACCUAUUAAUACAUUAGUCUAUUUUAAGAAAUAGCUGUUAUCAAUUUCUGUUUAAUGUACUGAUUGGGUAUUGUUUAUUGUCAAGCAUUUUCAUACUUUUAAUAUUGCUGGGUCAUUUAUCAGUGUUACCAGCCGAUAAACUAUUCAAGGUAAUUAUAUGGUUUCCUAGUUUCAUUUUGGUAUAGAUGUUUGUUCUGCUAGCAAUUAUUUAAUAAACAUAGGUUGUCCUGAAUCUGUUCAAGGAACUAACCACUUCUAGGUGAUCUCAUGUCUGCUUAUUCACUUUUUCCAUUUGAUUUUCCAAU